GAUUCAUCUCUCUGCAUCCAAACAAAAGGAAAGGAGGCCUAAGGCAUCAGCGUCACAAUUCCUGCUGAAGGUCGCGUUUGGUCUGUUGAAGGCCGCGUUUCCCUUUACUAAAUUGUCGGCGAGGAUAGCGCGCCGCUUGCACAAUGUCGUAUGCCUGCUGUCCUCUGGUCAUACAGCUGUCGUUUUUUUCCUGCUGUCCUCGAUCAAGAGCGAGCUGUCCGCCUCGUGCCUACGAAAGAGAGGGAUUCGCUUGUCUCUGUUAGUGGCUGCUUUGCUCUAAUGCUCCCCGAUGUCGAGUGUUUUCACCAAGAAAGAUUUCGACGAAGCGUGCGAUGCAUCGGAGGGUUCGCUUCCUUUGAAGCUGCAGCAAGUGGCGGUGGAAGAGUUGGGUGAAACGCCGGCGAAGAGACGCGAAGCCCUGAAUAAACUGAGGCAGCUGCUGGAAGGUUCAUGGGUGCUCGACGAAGUGUCCUAUUUGGAUCUCCAUAGGGCCGGCCUGUUCUGCUUGGAACACUUGGCCCGUGAUCCCGCUGCGCAGGUCCUAGGAAUAGUGCUACUCGUGGACUAUGGCGGAUUUACGGUGGACAAGCUUUUGUACGUCAGCAUCAGUCUCAUCAGAAAGGGUCUGGAAUAUCUGCAGGAUUGCAUGCCGAUGCGGUUGAAGGUAGCUCACAACGUUAGGCAGUCGUACGCCUUCGACAUGUUCCUCACUCUCACCAGGCCAUUCAUCAAACAAAAGCUAGCUGAAAGGAUACGCCUACAUGGACACAAUUUUGAAAGUCUCCACGCUGAAAUCUCGCCCAUGGCAUUGCCCGAGGAAUACGGGGGUCAGCGACCACCGCUGGAUCCCGAGGAGUGUUGGAAGGCUGUGGAUGCCGACAAGGAUUACUUCGUGGCCUGUAGCCGCUAUGGAUAUGCGACGAACGACGAGGGCGGCCUUCCUGCAGAACCCGAGCCACAGCUGCAGCUCACGUCCUUGUGAACAAAUCAAAACUGCUGACUUAUUGUGCGCAUCCGCGGAGUGUAGUCUGAAGUAUCACCUUCCUUGCUGACGACUAAAUGGCAUUCAGCGGCUGCGCAAGAGCAGUACCCGACGAGUUCCGAAGAGUUCAUUACAAGUGUCCCCCACAUGCCAUGGUGCCUUUCACAUCACUAAGAAAAUCGUGCCAGCUGGGGCCUGU